AUGGAGCACUUCCGCAAGACAGUGGUUCCUCACUUUCUCACUAAACUCUGGGUGUUAGUAGUAGACUCCACUCUCUUGGACCAUGUGAUUCGCUGGAGCAAGGAUGGUCACAGCUUUCAGAUUGUGAAUGAAGAAACCUUUGCCAAAAGAAGUAUACCAAAAUAUAAACAUAACAAAAUAGCCAAGCUUUGUUUCGACAGCUCAACAUAUGGUUUCCGAAAAGUGAUUGCACUGCAGAGUGAAAAGACUAGCCUGGAGAAUAAAAUAACUAUUGAAUUUCAGCAUCCACUUUUCAAAAGGGGAGAAGCCUUCCUUCUUGCAAACAUUAAGCGAAAGGUGCCAACAAUAAAAACUGAAGAUGCCAACCUCUACUCUGAUGAGUUUCAGAAAAUUAUGGCUGAAAUACAAGAGUUCAAAGACAUGCAGAAGAACAUGGAUACCAGAUAUGCACAAAUGAAACAAGACUAUUCCAAUCUAUGUCUUGAAGUUACAAACCUAAGAAAGAAGUACUGUGAGCAACAACAACUGUUGACACAGGUACUCCAUUUUAUCUUGAAUUUGAUGAGUGAAAACCAUACAGUACUAAAAAAGAGGAAAAGGUCAUUAUCAUUCAUAUCUGAAGCCUCAGAUUCUGAAUUGGAUCAUCAGUAUCUCCAUAUUCCAGAGGACAAGAAGAAGGAAGCUAUGGAGAUAUUAAAAGAUGGAUAUGAACUUAUUGAAGACAAAUAUAAAAGUCUCCUUGAUAGAGUCUUACCAAUUUUAAAAGAACCCAAAAGUUUAAUUUCAUCUGCAGACCAGCCAAGUGGGGAUGAUGGAACACUCCUGAAAGUGUCCGUUCAGGAUAAACCUACAGAUGAAGAGUCGCUGACCAUUCAGUUGGAUUUGACCAUACCAGUUUUACCAGAACAAAUAACUCAAGAAUCCGUUGAACAAGAACCUAAGGAUAUUUCUUUGGAAUUAGAUCUUUCUUCCCAGGAUUCACCUUUGAUGAAAGAUGACUCAGACAAUCUGUAUAACAAUAUAAUUAACAGGGAUAAAAUGAAUAUGAAUCAGACUGAAGGAAAUUUGUUAGAGCUAAAUUCGAUACUAUCUUGGAAGGGAGUGGAUUAUGAUUCUGAUCAUUUCAGUGAGAGUCUAAAUCUGAUGCAAAAUGAAGAAGAGAAAAGUCCGCUUGAUCCCAAUGAGGGAAAAGACAAACAUAUGAUACAAUGCAUGGAAAAACCGGAGCUUUUCCUUUUGGAUGGGACACCAAUAUGUGACUUUGGAGAAAAUCUUCAAGAUUAUGACAUACUUUUGGAUGAUCUGGAGGACCCCCCAAAUGUCAUAUCAGCUUUGUGUGACCAUGAUUAUGUAACCUCCAAUAUUUCCACUCCACAAGAAGAUAAUACUGAAAAUGAUACUCCCCCAUUUUAUAUGGAAGCCAAUGGGGAAUCCAGUGUGUUCCCUUUUCUCUUUCUUAACCCUGUUAGUAAUAUUUUUUGA